AUGAUGAAAACUCUGUCAACUAUUUCUUCAUUUGCAGUGGUACUCCUUUAUGAAAUCAUGAAAAUUGGGAACUCCACCUCAGAUUUCAUUCUCCUGGGACUCUUCAACUACACAGAAGCCCACCUGUUUCUCUUUGUGAUGGUUCUGACGAUUGCUUUCAGCUCCCUGGUGGGCAAUGCCCUCAUGAUUCUCCUGAUUCAUCAGGAUGUCCAUCUCCACACACCCAUGUACUUCCUACUGAGUCAACUCUCCCUCAUGGACAUGAUGCUGAUCUCCACCAUUGUGCCCAAAAUGGCAGCUGACUACUUGAGUGGCAAGAAGUCCAUCUCCCCGGCUGGCUGUGGGUUGCAGAUAUUUUUCUUCCUUACUUUGGCAGGGGGCGAGUGCUUCCUCUUAGCAGCCAUGUCCUAUGACCGCUAUGUGGCUGUUUGCCACCCACUGAGGUACCCCAUUCUCAUGAGCUGGCAAUUAUGCCUGAGAAUGACCAUGGGGUCCUGGUUCUUGGGGGCAGCUGAUGGGCUCAUGCAGGCUGCUGCCACCCUGAGUUUUCCAUUCUGUGAUGCACAUGAGAUCAAUCAUUUCUUCUGUGAGGCCCCCACUCUGGUGCGUUUGGCUUGUGCUGACACGUUUGUUUUUGAGUAUGUCAUGUAUAUCUGCUGUGUAUUAAUGUUGCUGGUUCCAUUUUCUCUCAUUCUGAUUUCCUACAGUCUCAUCCUUGCUGUGGUUCUCCAGAUGCGUUCUAGAGAAGCCCGCAAGAAGGCUUUUGCCACCUGCUCCUCACAUCUGACUGUGGUGGGACUCUUUUAUGGAGCAGCUAUUUUUAUUUACCUGAGACCCAAAUCCUACACGUCAGCUAACCACGAUAAAGUGGUGUCAGCCUUCUAUACUAUCUUCACCCCGGUGCUGAACCCCAUUAUCUACAGUCUUAGAAACAGUGAAGUCAAAGGAGCCCUGAGAAAGUGUAUGAGUCAAUGUGCUACCAUAAAUCAUGAGUAA